CAUCCCCCAAUGAAGCCGGAUCAACUGUUGGCUGGUCAAUUACUCGACAAUGGACCAGUGGUAUGGAUCUUCGGCUCAGUCUUCCACUGCCAUGUUGAGCAUGUUUUCCAGAUCUGGACACCUCCGUCUCCGCACCAGGCCAUCUCUCACAAGAACAGUGGUAUAAAGGGGAGACGGCGGCGCCUGGAACCUCCCACUUGUCUUCACGCUCAAGCCGCUCUUUCCAUCUGCGCAGCUCUUCCGUCAUCAUGAAGCAGUACCUCCAGUAUCUCGCCGCGGCCUUGCCGCUGGUGAGCCUCGCCACGGCUCAGGGCGUCGGCGAGGGCACAGCCGAGGAGCACCCUAAGAUCACAUGGAAGAAGUGCUCGGGCCCAGGAUCCUGCACCACCGUCGACGCCGAGGUCGUCAUUGACGCCAACUGGCGCUGGCUGCACGAUGCCGACCAAAAGAACUGCUACGACGGCAACGAGUGGACCGACGUCUGCAGCACCGCCGACGAGUGCGCAGAGGUGUGCAUGCUCGAAGGCGCCGAGUAUGGCACCACCUACGGUGCCGAAACCAGCGGCGACUCCCUGUCUCUCAAGUUCGUCACCAAGCACGAGUACGGCACCAACAUCGGUUCCCGCUUCUACCUCAUGGAGGGCGCGGACAAGUACCAGAUGUUCACCCUCAUGGGCAACGAGUUCACCUUUGACGUUGACCUGUCGACCAUCGAAUGCGGCCUCAACAGCGCGCUGUACUUCGUAGCCAUGGAAGAGGAUGGUGGCAUGGCCAGCUACCCCAGCAACCAGGCCGGCGCCAAGUACGGCACGGGAUACUGCGAUGCCCAAUGCGCCCGCGAUCUCAAGUUUGUCGGCGGCAAGGCCAACGUUGAGGGCUGGGAGCCGUCCACCAACGACGCCAAUGCCGGUGUUGGCCCGCUGGGUGGUUGCUGCGCCGAGAUCGAUAUCUGGGAGUCGAACGCGCACGCCUUUGCCUUCACGCCGCACGCGUGUGAGAACAACAACUACCACGUCUGCGAGGACACCACCUGCGGUGGCACCUACUCGGAGGACCGCUUUGCGGGCGACUGUGACGCCAACGGCUGCGACUACAACCCGUACCGCGUGGGCAACACCGACUUCUACGGCAAGGGCAUGACCCUCGACACCAGCAAGAAGUUCACUGUCGUCAGCCAGUUCGAGGAGAACAAGCUCACCCAGUUCUUCGUCCAGGAUGGCGCCAAGAUUGAGAUCCCGGCCCCGAAGCACGAGGGCCUCCCUACGGAGAGCAGCGCCAUCACUCCCGAGCUGUGCAGCGCUAUGCCCGAGGUCUUUGGCGACCGCGACCGCUUCGCCGAGGUUGGCGGCUUCGAGGCGCUGAACGCCGCCCUUGGCGUCCCCAUGGUGCUCGUCAUGUCCAUCUGGGAUGAUCACUACGCCAACAUGCUUUGGCUCGACUCCAGCUACCCCCCUGAGAAGGCCGGCACCCCCGGUGGCGACCGUGGCCCCUGUGCUCCGGACUCCGGCGUCCCGUCUGAGGUUGAGGCCGAGUUCCCCGACGCCACGGUUGUUUGGUCCAACAUCCGCUUCGGCCCCCUCGGCUCGACAACCGAGGUUUAAAGCAGGGAAUGGUAACCGUCCCCACACCAUCAUGAGAACGCAUAGGGUGGAUGAGUGAACCUGGAUUGUCUUUCCCUUCUUCCGACCGCAAUUCUUGAGCUUGUGUAUUGUAGGGUUCCUAGCACAUAUACAUACACAGUACAAACUAUGCUGCAGAUGUCUCACUUCU